UCGGCAGCGAGUGGGGCAGGUCGCGGUGGGCAGCACCCGACCCUCCCCCUGCGAGGGGGUCCCUCCGCUCCACCCCCUGCCCGCUGCUGGCAAGGAGCGGCUGGGGGCAUGUAUAGGAGUAACAGCGCUCGUGAUGUCAGCCCGCGCCUAAAAUAGAGAGGGAUUGACUGCAAAUCCACGGCUCGAGGGCUAAAACCUUCCAAUCCUGCCUCCGCCAGCGCCGCGCCGGUGUGAAGACGCCCCCACCGCUCGCACACACAGACACACGGACAGACACACACCCCGCGGCGAGGGGAGGGCGCCGGGGACCGCAGCCCAGUGCCAACAAUAUGCCUAAGCAAGUAGAAGUGCGGAUGCAUGAAAGUCAUUUAAGUCCCGUGGAGCACAGAUCCAGGAACAUAUGUGUUCAGUUCUGCCAGUCACUCCAUAGGAAUCUGCUCCUGACUCUAACUGUCUUUGGUGUUAUCCUGGGUGCAGUCUGUGGGGGUCUUCUUCGUCUAGCAACUCCUAUUGACCCUGACAUCAUCAUGUUAAUAGCCUUCCCAGGAGAUAUACUUAUGAGGAUGCUAAAAAUGCUGAUCCUCCCUUUAAUUAUCUCCAGUUUAAUCACAGGACUGUCUGGUUUAGAUGCUAAAGCGAGUGGCCGAUUGGGUACAAGAGCCAUGGUCUACUACAUGUCCACCACUAUUAUUGCUGCUGUGCUGGGUGUGAUUUUGGUUUUAGCCAUCCAUCCAGGGAAUCCAAAACUCAGGAAGCAGCUUGGUCAAGGGAAGAAGAACGAUGAAGUGUCUAGUCUGGAUGCUUUCUUGGAUCUGAUCCGAAACCUGUUCCCUGAAAAUUUAGUCCAAGCAUGCUUUCAGCAGAUCCAAACUGUCACCAAGAAGGUGCUGGUGCCACCACCCAUAGAAGAAACACCUAAUGUCACUGACUCUGCUUUUGCUCUGAUGAAUGAGACAGUGCGUGAAGCACCACCAGAAGCCCAGAUGGUCAUUAAGAAGGGCCUUGAAUUUAAGGAUGGCAUGAAUGUCCUGGGUUUGAUAGGAUUCUUUAUUGCUUUUGGCAUUGCUAUGGGGAAAAUGGGAGAACAGGCUAAGAUGAUGGUGGAUUUCUUCAACAUCCUGAAUGAGAUUGUAAUGAAGUUGGUAACUAUGAUCAUGUGGUACUCCCCUUUGGGCAUUGCUUGCCUCAUUUGUGGAAAAAUCAUUGCAAUCAAGGACUUAGAAGUAGUUGCUAGACAACUUGGCAUGUACAUGGUCACUGUGAUUGUGGGUCUUCUCAUUCAUGGAGGGAUCUUCCUGCCUCUGCUCUACUUUGUGAUAACAAGGAAAAGCCCAUUUUCCUUCCUUGCUGGGAUUUUCCAGGCAUGGAUCACAGCGCUAGGCACAGCUUCCAGUGCUGGAACAUUACCUGUCACAUUCCGGUGCCUUGAAGAAAAUCUAGGCAUUGAUAAGCGUGUAACAAGGUUUGUUCUUCCGGUUGGAGCAACUAUUAACAUGGAUGGAACUGCCCUUUAUGAAGCUGUGGCUGCAAUCUUCAUAGCACAGAUGAAUGGAAUUGAGCUGGAUGGAGGCCAGAUAGUUACUGUGAGUUUGACUGCCACCCUUGCAAGUGUUGGAGCUGCCAGUAUUCCCAGCGCGGGACUUGUCACUAUGCUGCUGAUCCUUACUGCAGUGGGUCUCCCUACCCAGGACAUCAGUUUGCUUGUUGCUGUUGACUGGCUUUUGGACCGGAUGAGAACGUCAGUCAAUGUAGUGGGGGAUUCUUUUGGUGCUGGCAUUGUCUACCACCUUUCCAAGGCAGAACUUGACAACAUUGAUUCCCACCAUAAAGGUCAUGAAGACAUUGAAAUGACCAAGACUCAGUCAAUCUAUGACGACAUGAAAAAUCAUAGGGAAAACAACUCAAACCAAUGUGUUUUUGCAGCUCACAACUCAGUCAUAGUAGAUGAGUGCAAGGUAACACUGGCAACCAAUGGCAAAUCUGCAGACUUCAGUAUUGUCGAAGAAGAGCCUUGGAAGCGUGAAAACUGAAGGAAGAGAUUUCUAGCUCCAUCUUUAAUAAGCCCUGAAGCUGUCUUCUGACAAAAGAUACCAUGAACCAAGAAGAUUUCUCUUUUUUUUUUUCUAUUUAACAUCUACAGUUUCAGCUUACUUAAUUUCUUAACUGAAACUUAGGAAAGAUCUCAUCAGGUCAUUGUAGUGUCUUUGCCAAGCAAUGAUCCAUAACCAUCUGUCUCCCUUGGGUUACUGUUUGGAUGAUGCAGCUGGAGAACACUCCAUGCAAUGCAAUGUGCUCUCACCCGCCUCCCCUUUCAUUCAAGACACGGAGAAUGUCAAUGCUGCAAAAUGGGAAGAUCAAAGUGCCAGUACAGUUCACUAUAGGGACUCAGGGUCACACAUACAGGAGAAACAUAACACCACAUAAGCCUUCAAGUGUUUUGGUGACUCUUGUGGCAUACCUGAUCUAUUUAGCACAGUAUGGAUAAAAUAUCUUUUGAAAAUCUUCAUAAAGAUUUCUGUUUGUUUUAAUAACAACAAGCACUGUAUUUUUAUGUCUAGUUGUACUUUAAACUGAACCUAGAUCCAGGGGCAAGAUUAGUGUAUAGAAGUCAGUAAAGUAUCACAGACAUUUUGUUAGAUCUGUAUAGCUAAUACUUAGCAUCAAGACAAGACCUUAGAUUUGUAUGUGCACGUGAUGGUUUUUUUUUAUCAGCUGUCCCAGGGCAGGUGCAGCCUUUAUUUUAUGAUGGGGCUGUGCUGCCUUUUGACCACAAUGCAUCAUGCAAUACAAGGCAGUAUUAUUGGAGGGGUAGUAGUUCCUUUACUAAAUCUAUGCCUGAUGUACAAAAUCCAGAAUACCAUGGGCUCAGUUAUUCCAUUUUUAAUCAAAGCAGGUAGCACCUUACUAUUCAGCCUACUCCACUGAUGUCAGAGGGAUUCCUCAUGUGGACAGGACUAGUCAAGUAAGGUACUACUAAGACUGCUCGUGGAUGUCAUGAUUGGGUGCUUGAUAAUGAGCUAUAAGCAAAUUCUGGAUCCAUUACUCUAAGAAACUGGGAGGUUUUGAAUGUGAUCAUCAGUGACAUCUAGGAUGAAUUGAAAGCCAUCUUUCAAAUAUAUGUCGUAUUUCAGAGAAUGGCUAAAUCCUGAAUUCAUUGCUAAGGCAAAUUCCAUAUGUGUUUAAUAGAAUUUGGCCAGAGUUAGGACUGAAUGAAGAAUAAAGCAGAAUUUCAGGAUUAGUCCAGUACACUGAAUAGACAUCUCUCUCUUUUUCAGAGUAACAGUUCAUGUAACUCUCUAAUGUCAGAGAAAUGUUUUUAGAGCACACGGCAUUUGAAUUAACGAGGUGGUGUUUGUCAGCAUAGUAUAGCUGAUUCAUCUGGUCAGAAGAAAUUACAGUCACAAUAAUCACCCUGUGAAAUGUUUUUAAAGGUGCUUGUUAAUACUCAGCAAUUUUUAGACACUGAUGAAUGCCAUUACACUAUGUUCUAUAGCAAAGCUGAGCCAUGUGGCCUUGGGGGGCUCCACCCACAGAACAAGUUUUUGUGCAGUUUUGGGGAAAGCUCUCAGAGGUUCUCAAAAAGAAUCAAAACAUGAGCGUGAACUUAAAAAUGGUAGAAAACACAGUUGAAACGUUUACGGAAAUAGGCCAUUCAGUGUCUAUGCUCAGACCUGUCAUGGGUUUAAACAGGAAUAAUAUCUUUAACUGUAGAGCGGUAUUUGGCUAUGUAGAAGCUAUUAAAAUAUAAACAUAAUAUGCUUUUUGCUCAUCUGCAUUCAUAUAAGUAUCCCCAAAAAUGCACACAGACCUUAGCCAGCCCAGGCUACUCGUAUGAUUGAUUAAUGAUGUGCAAGAUCAAGUCCAUUUCCAGAGUAUCCCUCAUUUAAGCACUUGUUGUUGUGAAGUAUUUUUCUUGCCAUUGUAUUUUGUCCUCAUCUGCAUGGCAGAGGUACAAUCCUAAGCAAAAUGGCCUAUAUAAUUUCACAAAUAUUGAACCACUGUGAAUUCUCUAGGUCUUCAACACGCAUUAGAUGUGGAGACCUUUUCCAGGGGCCUCCUGAAGCAUCUUAAGCUUUUUCUUUUUUUUUUUUUUUGUGAGGGAUAAAAUUGUAGGAUAUUCAGAGAACUGGUAGGCAGGUUGCCUUCUCAUUUCUGCACUCCUUAGUAUUGGCAUAUCCAGAGUUAACCUAUAGAGCUGGAUGCUGCUGCUUCUCACAAUUUGCAUUAAAAGACAUUUUUACUAUUGUGUUAUGUGCCAGAAAUGUGCCUGGGAUGGUGCGUAGGUGCUCUAAAAUGUUACCUACUCUGAGGGUGCUGGCUCACAUCAAGUGAAAUUUGCUGUGGCUUGAGUCAUAGUUAUAUUCAAGAAUAACACACAGUGUUUACUCCGGUUUAUAUCCAGUAUUCUUGAGAGGUUUCACAGCACGGCUUCCCAUUAAGAGAUGAGUUUCCAUCCUCUUCACUGAAGCAGUUUCUUAGGAGCAGUGACUCUGAUUUCUUGCCUUGCAAGUAGCUUUAGAAAACUGGCCCAUAUACUUUUAGCUGUCAUUUGAAACUGUUUAGCAGUUGGAAACAAACAGGAAUGCCAGCAACAUGUGACUCGGCAGCUCCACAAAAUUGCAUAUGAAGAAAGACUUAGAAUAUGCUUACACUUAUCCACUUGGGACAGAUUGUCCUUUGAAGAACGCUUCUUUGGAUGGAGACUAGGGGAGGAAGUCACGAUAUUAGAGAGACCCCACCCACAUAAGGGAGAAUAAAUCUGGGUCUUUUGAUAGGACUAGAAUAGCUGACUGUGAUUUUAAAAUAGUAACUCUGUAGAUACAGGAACUCAGGGAUGUUUCAAAAGAUAAUUGUGAUGGUAUUUCUCUAUUUAAAUGUGGAUGUGGGAGAAUAAGAAAUGUUGGUUUUGGUAUACUCUUCUGCUUUUAGCCUGAUGGAAUGAUUAAUAUAGUGUUACUCUGGUUCAGCACUGUAUUUAACCAUCAAAAAGCUAUCCAUUUCUCUGGGAAAAUGUAACUCACUCUUGGCUUGCAUUUCUUGAUUUGCUCAUUCCACAAGGGGCCGGGUUGCUACUUAACUAAACAAACAGAAAAUAACACAGGGGCUGGCCACCUCAGCUAAUACAAGGCUCACAUUCCAGCAGACCAUGCUGGUUACUGGCCAGUCUCUUUUUACCUUCGCUAGGAGUGUGGAUGCACUAAUUUGGAUCUGGAAAACCUUUUGCAUUUGUUCACAGUGCUAGCAAAGUUAAAGGAAAAGCACAGUGGAUGGAUAGUGACCUGUUUUCUGUGUAGUUCCUAAACAGAUAUACAUUUCUUCG